AUGCAUGAUAAUGAUGAUUAUGAUUAUGAUGAUGAUGAUUAUGAUGAUGAUGAUUAUGAUUAUGAUGAUGAUGAUGAUGAUUAUGAUGGUGAUAAUAAUGAUGGUGAUGAUGGUGAUGAUGAUGGUGAUGAUGAUGAUGAUGAUGAUGGUGAUGAUGAUGAUGGUGAUGAUGAUGGUGAUGGUGAUGGCGACUGUGAUGGUGAUGGUGAUGGUGUAUGGAUGGUGGAGAUAAAAAGUUUCCUGCCAUACGAUUUAUCAACAUACAGUACCAUGCCACAUCUAUCGCAUACAUCGUUAAUGAGUCCAUUGGUCAAUCCAUUCGUACCUUCAAAUAUCCUCAACUUGUUUCAAGAAGAUACCAAACAAUCAUCUGGGAAAGCAUCAUCAUCAUCAUCAACAUCAUCAUCAUCAUCAUCAUCAUCAUCAUUAUCAUCUGUACCUACCUUACGACCAUUUCGCAUUUACGAUCCAACCGAUCAAAUUAGCACUCUUUCUAUGCCGCCUACAACCGAUUUUAAUCAUUUCAAAAGCGAUAAAACCAUCAACGAACAAUCGCCUUCCACACAGGUUACAUCAUCAACUUCUGAUACUGAUGUGAUACCUGCACAACGUAAGGUAAUUGUCCGCAAUGAAACAGUUCGAAAGAAGAAAGAAUUGGUCAAGGAUGAAGCAUAUUGGGAACGACGCAGGAAAAACAAUGAUGCCGCUAAAAGAAGUCGAGAUUCUCGACGGCAAAAGGAAGAUGAAAUGACACUUCGAGCAGCAAUGCUUGAGCAAGAAAAUAUUCGUUUACGACUGGAAGUGGAACAUUUACGAGCAGAAGUUGAUCGACUUCGAGUGUUAGUUCUAUCACCAACAAUUUUACCCACUCCGCAAGCAAUAAUCUCAUCUCCAACAACUAUUUUACAUACACCUCAACCACGACAACAACAACAACAACAACAACAACAACAACAACAACAAUCUCUUUCAUCAACACCUUCUAUAUCGUUACUAUCACAACAACAUCAUCAACAACAACAACAACAACAACAACAGCCUUCCGCUGUCGCAUCCUUAUUUUCUUUAUCAUCGACAGCAUCAACAGCUGUCACGAGCCAAUGA